ACAGGGUGUGUGUAACUGCAGGAACAGCAGCAGCGCGAUCUAACAAGAAACGAAUAUUUUCUACAACGUCACCGAUUUAUAGUGAUUUUUAUAAAUCGGUUUUUUUUUGAUAAUGUCAGAAUUCGUGGUAGAAGAACAGUUAUUUCAUGCACGCGUCAGAUGAUGCUCUGAAAAGAAAGUCAGCCCUGGAUUAUUUACAGAGUUCUUUCUAAAGAGGAAACAAACUGGAUGAAGAAGCAGGAACGGGAUUUGACAGUUGUUUUGGGGUUGUGUUUGUGUACUGAACACCUGAAAUAAUCCGACUUCAGCUCCAGAUUUGGAGAUUAUUGUUAUUUACUGAUUUAAAGAGUUGAUAAUCCCGGGAUUGACUUGUAAUCCCAUUUCACACCGUCAUGAAUCCGAUGUGGAAAACUCUCCUCGCACUGUUCCUCAUCGUGUGCAGACUGAAACUCUCCAUGUCCAUGCUUUUAGAGUCCAUUUACUGGAACACUUCAAAUACAAAGUUCGUACCCGGCAAAGGCAUCACCCUGUACCCUCAGAUUGGGGACAAAAUGGACAUCGUGUGUCCUCGACUCAUGCCGGGUCAGAGUGCGAGCACCCAUAUCGAAUAUUUCCGUGUGUACCUGGUCACAAAGGAACAGCUUGAGAGAUGCAGGGUGGCUAAGGGCAACGUUACGCUGCUGAACUGCGACAAGCCUGACCAAGAUGUCAAGUUCACUUUCAAGUUCCAGGAGUUCAGUCCCAACCUGUGGGGCCUUGAGUUCCUCAAAGGCAAAGACUACUACGUCAUCUCUACAUCAAACAGCACGUUCGAAGGCUUGGACAACUUGGAGGGCGGUGUGUGCAAAACCAAAUCCAUGAAGCUGGUGCUACGAGUGGGACAGAGUCCUAGUGAUGCAGUCUCAGCGAAAGAGCUUCCCAAACACUCUGACAACGACCCCCAGAGCACCUCCAGCAAAGUCAAUGAUGUGCUCAGCAAAGUCGAGGAAGACGGAAAAAGUGGUGAGUCAGUGGGCGUGUCCGCCUCUGAGGUAGCCCUUUUCACCGGCGUAGCCUCAGGAGCCUUUGUCUUGGUGGUUCUCAUCAUUGUGGUGCUGGUGGUGUUUGCACGCCGGCGUCGGCGCAAGCACUCGGCUCAAUGUUCGGCCCCGCUGGCGCUGCACCCCAUCACCAAACGCAGCAACAACAACAACGGCUCGGAGCGCAGCGAUAUCAUCUUCCCGCUGCGAGCCUCCGACAGCUACUACUGCCCCCAUUAUGAGAAGGUGAGCGGGGAUUACGGCCACCCGGUCUACAUCGUCCAGGAAAUGGAGCCCCAGAACCCGGCCAACGUUUACUACAAAGUCUGAACUAAUCAGAACCUUUGAACCUCGUCCAAGACUGAAAAUAAGGUCUCAAUUGAGAGCUUGAUUGCUCAGAAUAAAUGAAUCAGAGAUAAAUGACUCUUGGAACGACGCCGUCAACUGUCCAGGAGCCCCAAAAGCCCCGGAACGGUCCGAAUCACCAUCUGGGUUGGGGAAUUACUGCUUCUAAAAAAUGGACGCCGUGUGAUUUGUAUCAGUCAGAGACCAAAAGCUUUGAGGUUGAAAGUGUCGACUGAGAGCUUGGGCUCAAGUUUCAGCCUGGCUGUAGAAAAGAAACAUGCUCCUGGCUCACGUCAGUGAAUCAGAGACGAAUGACUCUUGGAACGGAGCGAGGACUUUCUCUCCACUCUCUAGUCAGCGCUUUAAUUCAUUAUGGCAGACUGAGGUGCUACAGUAUCGAUUCAUGACGGCGUUUCGCUCAGGGGAAGAAAACGGAGCCAAACCCACAUAGACCUAUACGGUUAAAAAAAAAAAAAUCCACAUAUUUACAUUCUGAAAAGAAAAAAAAAACUAGAGCCAGGGCAAAAACUGCAAAGCCACAUGAUCAUUACCCACUUGUGGGCGGUUUACGUUUUCCUUCUCCAAACCUCUUCUCAGGGCAGAACGAAUUAUGAUUGGUUAUCUGCAACAACCAAUUAAACGGAGAUGAGGAGACGAGACGAAACUGAGAUGGUUUUUUUUUGUUUUGUUUGCUUCUUUUUCUUUAAGCCACAAUCUAGCUGCACUCUUAGCUAUGCUAAUUCUCCAGAAAGUUAAACAACGUGGACCUGCGGUUUUUACUCAUAGACCUUUUCCUGAUAAAAGGGUUGGGUCUUUUUAGAAAGGAAAUCUUCCCAAGGAACAAAUGGAAGAACUCUCUAGAUUGCUAGAUACCUUUUGUUUCUAAGAGUGUACUUAAGGCCACACCAAUUCGAUUAGUUGGUUCUCGGAAUCACUCACCGCUUGAAGAAAAUUAAAAAUAAAAUCGAAAUCAAACUCCCGCCAACAGAAAAGUUCACGUGACGUGAGAUCACGUGACGUCAAAAACCAAUCAAAUCGCCCCUUUCACUUUCGUUAAAGACUUGUGAAGUAGCCUACUCCUGGUCAAAUCUUUUUUUCUGUGCAUUGUAGAUGUUCAAUUGACUGUAAUUCAAUCGUUUAUUUAGCCAAUCUGUUUACUGGUUUGCCUGUAUUGUUUGGUCUAUUUCGACCGCUAAUUUUACCAUCAGAGCAUUUUUUUAUUUUUAUUUUUAUUUCGCCCGCUCGCUUCAUAUUUUUCCUGAAAAAAUCCGAGAACCAACUAAUUAAAUUGGUGUGGCCUAACUGUACAUUAUUAUUGUAAUUUUUCAUCCUGAAGGCAAUGAUACUUCUCACCUCGAAAUGUCUUCUGAUAUUUGGCUUCAUAUCGUAACAAAAUACGUUACGCAAGUUGAGCAAACCACAAAUCAAAGUUUAUAGAAAGUAAACCUGCAAAGAACCUGAAAGGGUUCCACCAGAAGAUCAAACCAAAGGUUGCUAAGUGUAAUGUAGCAAAAAAUAUAUCUCAGACAACAAUUUGUUUUUACAUUGCAAAAAUUUUGUGCUUUUCGUAAAAAUAAAAAGCUAUGAAAGGGGAAAAACAAAAAUUCAUUAAAACCAACGUUAUGUUUGACCUCCCCUCCCCCGACACAAUUUUUGUAUGAAAACACUUGUUUAAUUUGGAAAUACUCUACAUUACACGAUUUGACCAAACAAUGAUUCUAAUGUUUUAGAAAGGAAAACCUUGUAGAAAGUCCAAAGGAAAAAAAGAAAGAACUUUUUAGGAAGCUAGAUGUAACCUUUUUUAAGAUAACUAAAAAUCAGAACUUCUUUUUAACCUUGUAAUUAUGACAGAAAUUUGAUGUUUUACAUAAUUUUUCAUUGAAAUACAAUGAUAUUUGUUCUAAAUAACAAAUUACUGUGUCAUGUUUUGUUUUUGUUUACCUCCCCUCCCCUGAUACUUAGCAGUAUUGAAACCGUGAAGCUUGUUUGGUUCAGAACUAUGUCAUUUUGCAGAAAUUGACCAAACAACAACAAUAACAUGUUGCCUUUCUGUAAUUUUGCAUUUUACAAAGAAUUUUUAUUGCGAAACUGUAUCAGUGCUAAUAAUCAGAAUCAUGCUUAUACUUUACCUUUUUUGGAGAACUCGCCUUGCUUUUCUGCCCUGAGAUGAGAUUUAUCUCAAAUUAACCUCCCUCAGGCCAUCAUAAGCGUUUUUAAACAAACUAGAACCUUAAAAUCAAGUUCUGUAACAGACAGUAUUAUAUUUGACAGUUAGAGAAGCAGAAGGUUAUGGGAGCAGAUCUGUUGGCGUGUAUACCGACAACGAUGCUUGAAUGUUCAGGAAAAACGAGACCCUUUUCAGUCUCGGUGAAUUUGCAUCACGAGCCAGUUUGGUUGUCUGGUAAAGCAGCGUUUGCUGAAGAUUGAGUCAUAAAUUUGGAUACCGGCAGAAGCAUGUUGAUGGUAAGGCUGCAGGAGAAAUGUUUUCUACAUCCCAUAACGCAUAUCAGGUUCCUGCUGGUUCUCCUCCAUAUGCUGUUUCUGCAUCACGGUGUCUGACACAUUUAGCACGAUCCUCAGACUGCAUGUGGUUCUGGAUCUAGCUGCCUCUGGCGUCUUGUCAAGUUCUUAAUCAGCGCAUAAAAGACAUCGUCAUAUCCUCAGAAAUGUAAAUACUACCUAAAGCCUUUUUUUGUAAUAAAUUAUGUUUUAAGUUAUGUUUUGUAUAGAUCCAUAAGGAGGGUCAUUUCUUAUUUCCUUCCCAGACCUGUGCUGUCACUGAUUUAUGAAACUCCAGAAUUGUUCAUGUACCAAUGUUGUUUCGUUGCUCAUGCACUGAAAGAAUGUUCCAUUGCAGCUGAAUGAAUUAUGAUUGCUUGAUUGAAUGCAUUCAAGAUGGUGCUGCUUACGAAGGAGCUUUUUUUUAAAAUAAAAAAUAAAAAAAUUAAUAAAGCUGGUGGCACGGUGGUUUGGGGAAACAAAAAA